GCUGAGAAAACCCUUUUGAGAUAGCCGUUUGUUUGCCGCCGAAAGUCAUCGUUCUGUCUUUCUGGUUCUGACUACCAAUACCAUCUCUCUGAAAUUCGUGUAGAGAGAGAGAAAGAGAGAGAGAUAUGCUUGGUUUGUCCGCUGCUGCUCCUGCUCCUGCGGCCAUAACACCCAACACCAAUCUUGUCCUGCUUUUCUCCACCAAACUCCCAAUUACUCAUUCGUCUUCUUUAUCUUCUUUCACCGCGUCUUGCUCACUCAGGAACUCAUCUCGCACUUGUACUCCAAUCAAAGCCAUGGCUGCCCAAGAGCCUCAAUCCCCUGCCUCAGGUGAUAGGCAGGCUCUGAUAUCUUUGUCAGACAAAAGCAAUCUUGCUUUCUUAGGCAACGGGCUUCAGAACUUGGGAUAUAAAAUUGUUUCCACUGGAGGAACUGCAUCUGCUUUAGAAAGUGCCGGGGUGUCUGUUACAAAAGUUGAAGAAAUUACUUGCUUCCCGGAGAUGCUCGAUGGUCGUGUAAAAACUUUACACCCCAACAUUCAUGGGGGUAUCCUUGCUAGAAGAGACCAAAAACAUCAUGUGGAAGCUCUUAGUAAUCACGGAAUUGGUACAUUCGAUGUGGUUGUGGUGAAUUUAUAUCCCUUUUAUGAUAAAGUUACUUCAAAGGGAGGAAUAGAAUUUGAGGAUGGAAUCGAGAAUAUAGAUAUUGGUGGUCCUGCCAUGAUUAGAGCUGCUGCAAAGAAUCACAAAGAUGUCCUGGUGCUUGUUGAUUCAGAAGACUAUCCUGCACUGCUAGAAUAUCUUAAAGCAGACAAGGAUGAUCAACAAUUCCGAAGAAACCUUGCGUGGAAGGCUUUUCAACAUGUUGCUUCUUAUGAUUCUGCUGUUUCUGAGUGGCUGUGGAGGCAGACUACCGAAGAUAAAUUCCCUCCUAGCUUAACAGUUCCUCUAUCACUCAAAAGUCCCCUUCGGUAUGGUGAAAAUCCUCAUCAAAAGGCUGCAUUUUAUGUUGAUAAGAGUCUUUCUGAGGUUAAUGCUGGUGGUAUUGCAACUGCUAUCCAACAUCAUGGAAAGGAGAUGUCAUAUAAUAACUAUUUAGAUGCUGAUGCAGCUUGGAAUUGUGUGUCAGAGUUCAGAAGUCCUACCUGUGUUGUUGUAAAGCAUACAAAUCCUUGUGGUGUAGCAUCACGUGCUGAUAUACUUGAAGCAUACAGGCUUGCUGUCAAAGCAGAUCCAGUGAGUGCAUUCGGUGGCAUCGUCGCUUUCAACAUAGAGGUUGAUGAGGCUCUUGCUAAAGAAAUCCGAGAGUUUAGAAGCCCAACAGAUGGUGAAACUCGGAUGUUUUAUGAGAUUGUGGUUGCACCCAAGUAUUCAAAGAAAGGUCUUGAAAUCCUUCGUGGAAAAUCAAAGACUCUGAGGAUUCUCGAGGCAAGUAAAAAUGAGAAAGGAAAACUUUCGCUUAGACAGGUCGGUGGUGGGUGGUUAGCCCAGGACUCGGAUGAUUUAAGUCCCCAAGAUAUCGAGUUUAAUGUUGUGUCUAAGAAGUCUCCACAAGAAAGUGAGCUCAGUGAUGCAGAGUUUGCAUGGUUGUGUGUCAAACAUGUCAAAAGCAAUGCAAUUGUAAUAGCAAAGAAUAACUGUAUGUUGGGUAUGGGAAGUGGACAGCCGAACCGUCUGGAGAGUUUAAGAAUAGCACUGAGGAAAGCAGGAGAGGAGGUCAAGGGUGCAGCUUUGGCUAGCGAUGCCUUCUUCCCAUUCGCUUGGAAAGAUGCCGUGGAAGAAGCAUGUGAAAGUGGAGCAAGUGUUAUUGCAGAACCUGGUGGCAGUAUAAGAGACGGAGAUGCUAUAGAUUGUUGCAACAAGUAUGGUGUUUCACUUGUUUUCACUAAUGUGAGGCACUUCAGGCAUUAAUAACGGACUUUAGUUUUGGUCCUUGCUCUACUUUUAUCAAGCACCUUUGCUCAGAGCCCAGAAUCUAGUUUUUUCGUUGGAUCACUAGGUUUGUUUUCCUCUCAUGGAGAAAAAUUCCUGCAGUCAUGUUUCUUGUACAAUCUGAAUGAUGCAUGUAUUUCGGCUACCAUAGAUUUUGUCUCUGUAUUCAGUCAAGCUGAAUCACUAAUGUCAAGAAUUAUAAGGUUAUCUAUUUAUCUGAAGUUCGUAACAAGAACUAAUAAUCA